AGAAUGCACCUUCCCAUGUGCGUGCUGGCCAUUCAUAGUGGGAUUCCUUCAAUGGUAAAGAUGGAAACUCAGGAAGGGGACGUGCGUGGGCUGUGGAGCUGCAUUCCCCUCUGACACACUGAGGCGGGAGCGGCAGCCCAGUUGGGGACUCAUCUGAACAAUUCAGAAGGGACAAUCUGCCCUUCGGGAAAAGCGGGUCCGGCAGCCCCGGGGCCCGGUUCUCUAGUGGCUGCUGACAGCGUGCCCACUGGGGAACUGCCUGCUUCUUCAUUUUGAACUUUGAGUGCCCUUGUUGCCCAUACCUGCUGGCCUCAGGGUAAGCCUGGGUUUGGGAGCCCGCUGGGUUCUGUUUUAUCUGCUCCGCGUUAGCAGUACCAGCUCAUCCAUCACGUGCCAGGGGAAGCCUGUUGCAUUUUCUGAUACUCCCAGAGAGAACAGAGCUCCUGGCAGCUCUAUUAAAUGUAAUUUCACUUACAUAUGAGAGCAGUGUGGUCUGGAAAGGACACAGGUGCCAACUUGAUGGAGAUCCCAGUGGCUCGAUCUGGGACACUUCGAGCAAGAAAAUAGUCAUCGUAAUAGAUUGUGACCCAGAAAAUAAAAUAAAUAUCCAUCAGUCCAUGCUGAGAUAAAUAAGUGAUUAAACAGAGACAGAAAUGGAGGUGGAAGUGAAAGCUCAUCCUUAGAGCAGAAUUCCAGCUGUUCAGGCUAAAGGGGGUGACUGGACUAGAAAAUGACCUUUAGCACACAUCACACUGAUGGACCACGGGUGGCUGCAGAGGCUGUGGAGUGAAGUAUGACACGAAACAGGAUAUUUGCAAAGCCUCAGAGUAUCUCCCUUCAAGACGCUGAUUCGUUACAAAGGGCAGCAGCAGCUCUGCGGGGGAGAGGCCCGGUGGGCAGCACCUCGACCAUGUGGCCAAGGGCAGCGGCCCCAGUGAGGGGCCCGGCUGGCACCAAGUGCCCCGGUGUGAUGCGCUGAGCGGGACACCAGAUCACUCCUGCCAAACAGCCUCGACCUAAUUGUGAGAAAGCAUCAGGCAGACUGGAAGUGGGUUCUGGGGUCACUCUGCCUCUGUUCAUACCUGGCCAUCCUGCUUGCCAGCUGUGCGACUUUGGAAAGUCACCUCAUUUCUGCUUACCUCAGUUUCCUUGUCUGUAAAACAAGGUACCCAGCUGGUGUACAGCUCAGACGGUUAUCAUGUGGAUUAAAUGUUAAUUUAGUUGAUUAAGUGUGAAUACAUGCACAGUGCCACAGCGGGGCCUCGGCGCAGAGUAAGGGCUGUGCUGUUACAUGUGGUUCCAUGUGACACCAGCGGCAUCUUCUGCUGACCUUAGGGCUAUUUUCUUUCUUUCUUUCUUUUUUUUCCCUCUCACUGUGCUUCUGGAAGCUUUCUGAUGCAGGCCCUGGUGCUGGUUCCUCCUCCAACCAGCUGUUUUGCUCUAAAAGCAUUUCCCACCCCACCAGCAGGCGGGUGAAGCCAAACCAGCACCAGCACCCGUGCCUUAAGGGUCAUCCACUCUUGAAGGAAUCAGAGUAACUGUUCUCUCACUUAGCAUUGUUGGAAAGACAGAGCUCAUGUCACCAUAGAACUUUCUGUGGCCAGUUUCCCUUAUUCCCAGCAUGGAGUCCAGACCGUUCUGGGCUUGUGAGACCUUGUGCUUUGGGGGGGUGGUGUGGAUCUGCCUCACAAUGACCUGUCUGAGCUCUCACCCCAUGUCACAUUUUAGCAUCUGUUUGGCCAGUAAGGCUGCAGCACACACACCGGCCUCAUUCCCCACUUGGCCUUACCUUUGAUGUCACAAUCUGACCUGCGGAUAUUAAUCUGGCUACAGCUACUCACAGACCAGAUGACAGAGUCAAUAGGCCCACCACAGUAAGAUGUGGAAGAGAACUGACCAUCAACCGAAGAUCAAAGCAGGGGAUGGGCCUCAGGCUGGCCAGUUCAAGGAACUGGGUCCAGCGGAACCUGCCGUGCCACACCCUCUCAAGCUGUCAGAAUUCCAGAGCUUCUCAGUGUUCGAGGACAUCAGCCAUCACAUCAAAGAGGAGGGGGCCCAACUGGUAAAGAAAGUCAAUGCCAUCUUUCAGCUGGACAUCACCAAGGAUGGGAAGAUCAUCCUGCAGUGGACCAUCGAUCUGAAGACUGGUUCUGGGGACAUGUACCUAGGACCCGCCAGGCUCCCAGCAGACACUGUCUUCACAAUCCCGGAGCCUGUCUUUAUGGAGUUGGUUUUGGGCAAAAUGAACCCUCAGAAGGCUUUCCUUGCCGGCAAGUUCAAAGUGAGUGGCAAAGUUCUGCUUGGCCAGAAGCUGGAGAGGGUUUUCAAAGACUGGGCUAAAUAUUAAGCAUGCAAUACUACCAAGGAAGUGAUCAGAACUUCUCUCUGAUCAGAAUGUUGAGCAGAAGUCAUGCUUAAACUGAAGAUUAAAACAAAAAGUAUUCAAUAUUUUUACUCAAAUUCUUCCUAUUCAAGUUUGAUUAAUUUUCCUGCUGAUAUGUAAAUUUGGAGUGAGCGUUCUAGAGCAGUAAAGAGUGUUGGAGUGUAUUACCCAAAAUCUUUGUCUUUUUCUUUUCUUAGAUUCAUUUAUGCCAUCGUGUGGUAGGGUCAACGCCCCAGUUAGAGAAAUGGGUGGUUUUGACAGUUGGAUUUAAAUGCUCCGAUGAUUGAUUUCCUGAAACUUUGUUUUGUUUUCGUUUUCAGUCGGGUGCUUUGGGAAGGAAGUGGUGACCGUCCUUGGGCAGGUCUGCAUUCCCAUUGGUAGCUCGGUCCUUCGAGGAGACUCUAACACGGGCUUGCGCGGCUCUCGGAGGGGGUGCGCCCCAGCCGUGUGGGUGGAACAGGGCCAUAGAGGGCCUGUGCUCCUGGCGCAGCAUGACUUCUGACGGGUUUAAUUCCAGGGGAGUCAAAGGGCCUGAAAGGUGUUCUAGGCUACUGGUUCUUAAUCCAGAACAUGCAUCGGAUUACUUGGAAGGCUGGGGGAACCCAAACUGCGGGGCCCCCUCAGAGUCUUAGCUCUGGGUGUAGACCCAGGAGAUACACGUUCCCAGCAAGUUCCCGGGUGAUGCCGAUGGGACCACCCUCGCAGAGCUCCCGCUCUGGUUCGUCCGCAGCCUCAGUGUUGAUCAUAACCACUCUGCUCUAGACCAGUAAGAUGCUGCCAGUUUUAAAGGACCUCCUGCAGACAGAUGACAUAGCCCUCUUGGGGGCCGUUUCUGGAGUGUCAGGAGCUUGUGUACUGAGCAUUUUACAAAAUCAAAGGUCAUGCUGGGAGAUUUUCCCUUCUGGGAACCCUCUCCACGC